AUGGAGGGUUUGGCUUCGUUCCGGGCUGUCCCUUCUUUUACUUCCAGACCCAGAAGCUCCAUUCUCGGCACAGCUUUGAACCCGCGUAGAGGGAACUCGCUUUCUCUUCCAUCUUCGUCUUCCUUCAUUGUUCGAGCUCAACAGAUGGAGUCUAAGGAUGACGAACCUGAGCCUGUGAAAAUUGAGCUGAAAAUCAAGGAAUGGGAGAAUAGCAUGUACCACAAUGAAGUAGCUGCGAGCCAAGGCAUCCGAAUCAGAAGGAGACCACCAACUGGACCCCCUUUGCACUAUGUUGGGCCCUUUGAGUUUCGCUUGCAGAAUGAGGGCAAUACUCCACGAAAUAUUUUGGAGGAAAUCAUUUGGCACAAAGACACUCAAGUUGCACAGUUAAAGGAGAGGCAACCUCUAUAUUCUUUGAAGAAAGCUCUUGAUAAUGCUCCUCCCGUUAGGGAUUUUAUUGGAGCUCUUAGAGCAGCAAAUACACGAACUGGACUGCCUGGUUUGAUAGCUGAAGUGAAGAAGGCUUCUCCAAGUAGAGGAGUCCUGAGAGAAAAUUUUGAUCCGAUUCAGUAUGCUGAAUUAAUUCAUGCUCAUCAGAAUAGAGGUGGUGUUUCCAUUGGAAAUGAAAUGGAAGCAUCAUUUCCAAUCCUUGGAAGCUAUGACAAUAUGCUGGCAAUAAGAGAUGCUGGAGUAAAGUGCCCUUUGUUGUGCAAAGAGUUUAUCAUUGAGGCUUGGCAAAUCUACUAUGCUCGAUCCAAAGGUGCAGAUGCGAUUCUUUUGAUUGCUGCUGUUUUGCCUGACCUUGACAUCAAAUACAUGACAAAGAUCUGCAAGAUGCUUGGCAUGGCCACACUUGUUGAGGUGCACGAUGAGAGGGAAAUGGACCGUGUUCUUGGCAUUGAGGAAGUUGAGUUUAUUGGCAUCAACAACCGCAAUCUGGAAACAUUUGAGGUUGAUAUUAGUAACACAAAGAAGCUUCUUGAAGGAAAGCGGGGCGAAGAGAUCCGUAAAAGAGACAUAAUUGUGGUAGGAGAAUCCGGUCUAUUCACUCCUGAUGAUAUUGCCUAUGUACAAGAAGCUGGAGUUAAAGCGGUUUUGGUAGGAGAGUCGAUUGUGAAACAAAGUGACCCUGAGAAGGGAGUAGCUGGACUUUUUGGUAAAGACAUUUCUUUACAGUCAGUUUAG